CUGAGAUCUAUAUAAUACUUCAGAGUCCAGGCUGAGGGAGAGACUGGGACGGGCAAGAUCCAUCCCUCAGCAUCUCCAGCGCUCACACAGGUCGAAACUUGGACCCUCCCAGGAUGUUUCUGAAAAUCUCCUCCUGGCUGCCGCUCUGCUAUUUUGCUGUCCUUCUGGUGGCUUUCCUGGGACAGUCCAGUGAUGGGGCCACCUACGCGGAUUUCGCACAGAGGCACAUCGAUUACCCCCGAACCCCAGCCUCCAACCCCAACGCCUACUGCAAUCACAUGAUGGCGCGGAGAGGCAUGACCAACGGCAGCUGCAAAGCGAAAAACACCUUCAUCCAUGACGAUCCCAGCAACGUUCAGAAUAUCUGCAGCGGGAAAGAGUCUGGGAAGCUUUGUGACAGCAAUCAAAGCUUCUUCCUCACUUUCUGCAGCAAUAGAGGUCGUUAUCCUAACUGUAAUUAUGUCGGCACACAAAUGACCAAGAGAGUUCAAGUGGGCUGUGUCGGCGACCUGCCUGUUCACUUCCAAACUGACCUGUAGGCCGAAGCAAGCUGAAGGAAAUAUUGCGGCAGUGAUGACCUAGCUCUGCUUUCCUUAAUGCUUUCUCAAUGACGGAUCUCUGGGACAUCUCUGUAGUGCACCUUAACCUCGUUUAGCAGGUCUUCCUUCU